AGAUCAGCGGACAACGGUGAAUCACGGGAGGUAGAGUCCACGAUAAGUGAAGAUGUGACCGAGCUUUUUGACAAGGAUUACAACAGCAGUAUAUGCCCGGAGCGAAGCCCAAGAAGCCCUAUAUCUGAGGUAUCAGUGGGAAAGUAUGACAGUGAUGUUUCGGACUACGAGACGCCAAGGUCAUCGGCAGCGACUUUCGAGAACUGGAGUCUGCAUGGGGGUGAUAGAGGAUGCCGAGGAGGAGGAGGAGGGCCAUUAUCAAAGCCCGGCGGGUUCCCACACCUGUCAGAGGCUUAUGGACGGUUUCAGUCUGCAAGACACCAACGGUUUCAGAGCUGCUCAGAAGAGGAGCUGACUUCACAUCAACCUAUUCUCCGUGGCUCGAGGGCCGAGGUUGGAUGAUAAAAUUUUCUGGGGCUUAAUUCGAGACUUAGCAGCCGACAUACGCCUCCCAGCUGGCGAAGGGUUGAAUGUCUAUCAGACCAGGGCUCACAGCUUGCUGCUCGUUCCUGUAGUGAGCACAAGCUGCAGUGAGGUUGCAGACGCUCUAGGGAAGUUCCGCUUCACAGUGUCCGCUGGGAUUCGGUAAAGAGGAUUUAGGCCCAAACAGAUGGACGAUCCGAGAAGAUCCAGUGCCACGUGGACCGUGGUCUGAGGUAUGGCCACAGUCCACGUGGCACUGUUUUGUUCACAGUCAGUCAGACACACGCAGAGAGAGAGAGAGAGAGAGAGAGAGAGAGAGAGAGAGAGAGAGAGAGAGAGAGAGAGCAAUACUCGCACCACACCUUGACCUGCUGUUCACAGGACUAGGCAGAAACUGAUGGUCAGAAGGGAAUGAGCUUGAGGAUGAGGCAAGGCAGAGUGAACAAGAGUGGGCGAAUUGUGAGGGGCGAAGGAAAGAAAAGACUCAGGGGAAUGCGGGUUGCAUGGCUCUUAUGUUGAAUUAGCUCUUCCCGUGUUGCUGUGUUUACUAGGGAAUUUUCAGACAAAUAAAACUGAAGAAUCGCCAUUGCUGUCAUUGAAUGCAAAAUAGGUUGAUUGGCAUCCGUCUUUUCCCGUCAACUGAUGAUGAAUGACCUCGUGCUGAAAGCCCUUUCAUAAUUUAUAUAUAUUCUUCUUUGGGAGACGAUCACAAUCAUCGGUCAUUAUGAGGAGGAACUAUGUGUUUCGCCUCUUUGACUCCUGUGAUGUGAAGAUGACGUUCUGUUCAUUGCCAUAAGUGAAACACGACCGACUUGAUGCUGGGAAUGAGUGAGCUUGAGAAAGUUGGAUCUCUUCUCAGAUACCAAGUGUUGAUGACCUACAGCUACUUCUUGUAAUGUGCUGCCCAACAGGGGUAUAUGUCUCGAGGAAAUGUCGAAGGUAGACAUUAACGAGAAGAGAGGAACAUAGGUGAAAGGAGGAGCAGUAGAAACAUAAUUCGUUAUCCAGUGUUGAGUACUUCUGGCAGGAGACUGAGAGUGGUGCCAUUGUGUAUGAUCUGUGCGUGCUGAAAAUGAGGUGCAGAAUUUGAGGGUGUUGUGGCUUUUCUCGCAUGCUUUAGUGCAUUGUAUACAGCGUGAGGCCUUCAUGGGUUCCCAGAUGCAUACUGUGUGAUUGGUUGCCGUCAGCGGUCGGCUGGUGGGCAGCUUGCAAUGGUUUUGGCAAAUUGGCAAUUGGAAAUUGAGCAUGAUUUAUGCCAGCCUGCGCUUGAGAGGCCAACUGAGAACUCAGACGGAAGGAAGGAAGGAGGACAGGAACAAAGAACGAGAAGCAAGGAAAUCGGGAAGGAUGGGAGGCGAGCAAAGGUUAGAGAGAGAGGAUAGACGAAUGAGGGAGGAUGGAGAAAAGGACAGAAGCAAUGUCAAGAAAAGAGGACGAAAGCACACUGGGAGGGAAGGAUGAAGGAAGGGGAGAAGGGAUGGAGGAAGGAAGCGAGGGGCCAGAGGAAGAAAGAGGCACAGGCAGGAAGGAUGCACAGAAAGGCAAGAAGGCAAUUGCUGCUUCAAGUAGUGGGAAGAAAGGAUUGGGGAAAGGGAACUACGGUGAGCCGGAUGAGAAUGAUGGACAAAUUGCGUACCGGGACACUACCUUGUCAAAAGUUGACAGGUUGAAUCGUACUCUCUUUCCACUCCUAGCGUUUUUCUUAUUUUCAUCACUUUUAAUUGGCUUUUCGUAUUUUAUUGAAGUUCAUCAUACAUACUAAAUAGAAGUGCAAAACACCCAAACCCAAAAUAAAAAAAGGAGCGCAGCUUGUGCACAAUCAAUUGUUUUUCAAAUC